GCGGUAAUCGUGAAACAGUGUGUACAAAUUGAUCAGUUUUAUUAGACAAACCGAAUGUUUCAGUGAUUAUUAGUUGGUUUGUGUUUUUGUGAAGUGAUUUCAAGCAAAAACCACUUCAAUCGGCCGGCUAAAACCUUCCGCAAAAAAAGGAUUAUGCUGUUACAUCAAACCAUCAACAAUAACCGUAUCUGUGAUUUUUAUAUGCCAUGAUGGGUCUAUCUUCUAUAUCCGAAAAUGUUGACCGAACCCCCAAAGGAUCUCCAAAAAAUUCUAGUGUUAUAGAAGGCAUACAGCUCGAAGAUCUGCAGUAUAUAGACGAGAAUGAAAACAUUAGUUCCACGGAAGGUGGAGACAAUGACAAACAUGAUAGUAUUCCCAAUGGAAAAAUGAUAUUAGAGCCGAAAUUUGUCGACUAUGGCAGUAUUCAUCCAACCUCCGCAGACAUCUCCCAUCAUCAGGCACAACACAAUCCUCAUGGAGUUUUGAAUCCCAGAACCUCCACUCUUCUUCCGAUUAACGACGAACCGGCUAACACUUCCCAUCAAAGCAAGAUGACACAAGGAGACCUCUACCAGAGACAACCAUUACUACCGAACCCGAAUAAGAGCGACAAAUGGGGGCACAGUGCGCAUAGCACGAACAGUAACGAAUAUUAUGACGAAGAAGAAGAAAUUGUACAAAAAAGUAGUGAGCGAAACGGACAUAUAUCCAUAGAUUUGCCGCCUCCUGUAAGGGAGGAGCCAAGGUUUCCACAAGAGAGAUGCAAGACGUUAUUAGCUGCAAUAGUAAUGUUUUUUAGUUUUGUUUUAACCCUCACUUCACUCAGUCUAGUACACGAACGUGUACCCGAUAAAGAGGUCUACGGACCUCUUCCAGAUGUGUUCCUCGAUAAUGUACCUGCUUAUAAUUGGGCGUUAGAUGUAUCAGAAUAUAUAAUUAUAUUUUCUGUAAAUACUAGUUUGAUAGCUAUGAUAUUUCACAAACAUAGAUUUAUCGUAUUUAGAAGAAUAUUUUUGUUAAUGUCAUUGUUAUAUUUGUACCGAGCCAUUACAAUGUACGUAACCGUAUUGCCUCUAUCGAAUAGAAACUAUCCAUGUUCACCGAAAUCAAACGAAACCUCGCCACUGAUGAUAGUCAAGAGAGUGGCGAAACUUAUGUCCGGUAUGGGAUUGUCGGUGAACGGUCAGCACGUCUACUGCGGCGACUUCAUUUAUAGUGGACAUACUGUCAUGUUGACGUUUACUUUUCUACUCAUAUCGGAAUAUACUCCGAAGAAAUUGUAUUUGGUGCAUUGGUUGUAUUGGAUAUUAUCCUGUUUGGGAGUCAUAAUGUUGGAGUUAUCUCACGGACAUUACAGCAUAGAUGUGAUAAUUGCUUAUUAUAUUACAACCAGACUGUUUUGGACAUACCAUACCUUAGCGAAUAAUUCUAUUUUAAAACAACAUUCUCCAAGCAAUUUGAUGGGCCGUGAAUGGUGGUUCUCAUUAUUCCUAUACUUCGAAGGCAACGUUAGCGGUCCGUUGCCGCGGCAGUACAACUGGCCGUUCCCGUGGCCCCGGAGAUGGCAUCUCAAAAGUCGUGAUAGUUAAUGACUCACUCACCCUUAGAGGAACUACUUUAAAAUAUAACUAUAUGUGAUAAAUGAGUAACGUGUGUUUGCCUUAAAUGACUACAACAUCUUGCUCUUUAUAUAUACAUUUACAAAAGUGUUUAUUUUCGCUGGAUGAUGAUUUUUAAAUUUCUCACUCUUUUAGGAAUCUAUCUUAAAUUUUUAUAUAAUAUAUUUUAUAUUAACUAUUUUUCAACUAACACAUAGGAAUUUAUAUGAAAAAAUGCUGUGUAUGUUAUUAUCAUUAUCCUUAUUAUUAGAUCUUAAGUUUCAAAUUGUUAUGUCUCAUUCAAUGGAUUUCUUUGAAAUUCUGAAGAUAUAAAGCCGGCCAAAUACACUUUUGCUAAGAUUAUUUUGGGAAUCUCAUGUAAAUAGUAUUAGUAAGUGGAUUUUGCAAAAUGACUUUUAGUAAUUAUAACUCAUAUUAACUCUCAUGUCAUCUCUAUUAACUCAUAUUACUAUUGCCAGUUCUAUUUUUUCCUAUAAGUUCUGAUUAAUAUAACUUUAAAUAUGGACGUAAUCUUUGUACAGUAAAAUUACCAUUAGAAUCUCAUUUUGUUUUUUUUUUAAGAAAAACUUAAAAAGUAGCCCCUAAUCUUGCCUUGUUCAUUCAUAAUCUUUAUCCAUUGAAUGAGAAUAAAUAUGUUACCUAUUAAGUUGUAGUUCAUCUGUUUUAAUUUUGAUCAUAUCGUUUGUAGAUUAUUUUUUGAUUGUGCCAAUUUUGGAAGUAAUAGUUUAAAAUUUAAUCAUAUUCUCGAAUUAAUUUUUUAAAUAAUCAUAGCAGAUCGUCGUACAGAAACUACUUUACUGUGUGGAUGUUAUUACAAGGUUGUAGAUCGAGCCGUAGAGAAGGUUUAUGUUUUUCUUGUAUGAUAGAUUGGUCUUUUAAAGAACAGUACUUCAAUGGAGGUCUUACAAAAGCCUAAUUGUCCUAACACAUGGAUUAAAAUGUUGCAUAAUCUGAAUUUAUUGUAGAAAACCUACAAAUACAAAUAUUUACAAAUAAUAAAAAUAUUCAAAAGGAAUAUCAUUUUUAAAACGUUUUCUGUCCUAUCACACCAUCAUUAGUGAAACCUGAAAGUAAGUAAUCCCACUUUAAUAUAACGAAUAAAACGAGUAAAAUGUUGACUGUUAAUCUUAUAAAUAUGUGGUAUGAUUACUUACUUAAGUAUUUCAAAAAAAACAUUAAACUGUAUAAAAAUGUACUGUAAUGUACUAUUACUGUCUAGAAUGCUAAAAAAUGACACUUUUUUUGUAUUUAUUUUAUUAUAUAUCACAAACUUUUUUCCUAUUAUUAUAGAACUUUU